GAACACACAGCGAAGAAGGACCUCUCGCCCAAAACAAUCAUCUGUCCCAAGGGACAACAGGGCAAUCACGGCCAUCGCCUUCCAUUCCGGCACAAUGCUAUAGACGAUAAUAUCGAUUCGAUUUGGAUUUGCAUGAGUAGAUCUCGUUCCCUCAACAGGUAAGUACGGUAAGUAUUUAAAGGAAAAAGUUCCAAUCCGGCAUUAUUUGAGAAAGAAUUCAAAAUGGCCCCGCUCGCAGCAGCUAGCCCUGCGACCCCUCAAGCCUACCGCUCGCCAGGCUCGGAAUCAAAAAACACUCCCACUGGGACAUGGAGACAUCCUCGAUUCGAUGAAAUUACGCGCCGGCAGAAUGCUUCGACGUUCAACGACAAGAGCGUGGCGAGACUUCUUUACAAUGGACUAGUUUUCCUAGGGACAUUUCUCUUGACUGCCUUGCCUGAAAUUUUCCCCCGCGCGUUUCAUGCGUUGAGCUUCUUGUCGCCGUAUUAUUGGUACGCCCUUCUGCUCACGCGACUAUUGUUACUCUUCAACAUAUCCGUUGCAGUCUACCCACUCUUUCGCCGCAAAGAUGAAUUGGCCGAUAUACCUUUGACCCCGUCGCAGCGGGCCCUUCUCGGCUUGAACCCCAAUUCUGGAUCCCCCGCUACGACUCCGGAUCAGUACAUUACUCCACCUCGUUAUCGUCGCUCUUCGACUCCGAGGAGCGGAUCUCCUGUGAGUGGCAGCAGCACAUAUUCUAGUUCACCUCUGUCCGGUCGAGCCAGCUUGAAUGCCGCCGGUUCCUCUUAUUCGCCAUCGCCUAGCCCGCUUUUGCAAAAGGCAGUGAGCAGUGGACAGAGGAAUCUCAAUCGGCGCUCUAGUUAUGGAACUGGAUCUCCCUUCGGUGUAAGCUUCAAUGGAAAGGAGAGUCUUGGAUUUGGGGUUUCGAGUUCACCGAGUCCGACCAUUGGCAAGGGAGCCAGCGUGCCGUUGAAUAGCCGCUGGUUGUAUGAGCGAGGCCGAGCCAGCCCGGCGGGUUAUAGAGAUCUUUAUUCAUGAAGUUGACAGUAUGCGACGACGCCCAUUUUGUAUUUCAAUUGCUUUCAUGUUACACUCUGGCGUCAACUGGCUCAUGUUGUAAAAGCACGCGCUCGGGCAUGCCUUAGUCUGCUUCCUUACUUUUUUUCUUCUCUCCCUUCCCUUUUCGCUUUGCAUGCCACUGGUGUACGGCACGAUCUUGCAUUUCUACGGAUGGGUCCGCCAGAGGCGCUGACCUAUAUAUUGGUAGUGGUAGCAUCGUUUAUUAUUAUUAUACCUAGAUAGAACAAUAAACUCACUGGUG